ACUUACGCACACACGCAUGGGGGACUUCUCGCACACUCUCGCGUCCAAAGGGACAAGUUUUCAAGCGCCGCCAACAAUAAACGCAGUAACCAAGCAAAAUGGACAAUAAUUGCUAGCUGAAUUUCAGCGCAAUUUCAGGGCGGCGGGUUAAAUGGCCAAUUUGCGUUGCAAGCACUCCUGCGGGAAGUGGCGCGGCGAUCCCGCUAGCUGGGCCCGCUGCGUUCAAGUUUCCCCUUUCAUUCGAAUCGGCGGAAGUUGCAGAAAAACAAACAGCGGCUCGCAUACAAGGCGAAAAUCUGCAAUGAGCACAUGCUAGAGCGCCAUGAGCUCGCCCGACGACACCCCCGGACCGUCGAAGUCACACACCAAGAAGCGCGAAAAGUCCUCCUCGCGCAGCUCCAGCAUCGAGUUCCUCCCCGACCGCCCGGCCGGGCCCAGCAACGGACAUGGUCCGGCCACUUCGCCCGGAUCCGGAUAUUUUGGCAACCGUAGUCCCAGUGGUGGCCGCAGCCCGGUCGGAGGUCGCAGCCCCGCCGUCGGCAUGGGACCCAGCAACAUGCGCGACCGCCUCCUGGUGGCCAAUGCCCUGGCCAGAGAGCUGUCGCUCAGCUCGGGAAACGAGGACACUGCUAGCUCCUCAUCGCCGCACAUGAAUGGCGAGGAGAACGGUGGCGCCAUGAACGGCGCCAAGAAGAAGAAAAAGAAGAGCAAGCGGGCUCGCGAACGCUUGCUAUCGGGAGAAGUGGCUCUCAUCGGCUGGACCGGGGGAUACCCGAAGCUCUCCACGUCGCACAGCAUUGACAGCAGCUCGGAUCUGGACUCGCAGUCGCCAGUCGAGCUGCGAGCGCUCGUCAACAGUGGCCUACGGGUGUUUCCCAGGGAGGCGUUGCAGGGACCUGAGAUGGCAGAGCCAGCUGAAGGCCAAGUCGAGGUGGGAGCCUCAGUGGAUGAAGAGGAGAGGAAGGUGGAGAAGCCGAAGCAGCAUCAACACCAGACCCAGCAGCAGCAGCAGCAGCCGCCGCCGCAGCCCCAAACGCAAGAUCAAGAGCAGCAGCAGGCACUGUCGCUUGCCACGCCUCCAUCGCCGGAGUCCUCUUUGUCCUCCAGCUUCGAUUCAGAACGAAAUGGCAUGCCGGCAGCAACGCCGCCAGCAAUUGAGACUCAAACUGAUCGGGAUAGGGAGCCGGAGCCGGAGCCGGAGCGGGAUCGGGAUCGGGAGUUGAAACCAACCGAUCAAGAAACUCAGACCGAGCCCGUGCCGGAAUCAGAGGUUGAAACAACUAGUACAAAUUUAACAACGAGCAACUCCUCCAACCCGGCGCCACACAGUCCAACCACCAUGCAACAAACAGAGUUAGACAACCAGGAUGAAGAUGAGAAUGAGCCGGAGCAGGUACCGAACCCAAAACCGGAGCCGGAGCCAGAGCCAGAGCCGGAGCCGGAACUGGAAACGGAGAAGCAGCAAGCCAAGGAGGAGGAGCAGCCAACCAAGAAGAAGGAGCCACAGCCGGAAAAAGAGGAAAUAGAUAUGGACCUGGAGAUCAUCGAGCAGAAGCCGGUCCAGGCCGUAGUCAUUGAAAUCGACGACGACGACGAUGAUGAGGAUGUGGUUUCGUCACCAAACCGAUCUCUCAAGCGGGCAGCCAGCUCUCCCCAACAGGAUCCGGCCAAGGAGGAGCCAGCUCAGUCAUCGUCGCCCAAACGUCCCAACCAAGAAGACGCUGCCACUGCCAGCGACCAAGAGAAGCCACAAAGCUCCCAGGAUCCCACCCAGCAGGACGCUCAGACCGUGUCUGAGCUGGAUCAGGAACUCCGCAAGGAAGCCCAACCCGAGGCCAUCGCGAAGCCGGAGCCACCGCCCACUCCGUUGGGAAACCUGAAACUGAAGGCCACCGACGAGUUCUAUCGCCUGCCCUUCGCCUACGGCUGGAAACGGGAGCUGGUGCUGCCCAGCAACGGAAAUCCGAAGCGCCGCACCGGCGACGUCUUCUUCAUCGCCCCCAGCGGCAGGAAGUUGCGCUCCCGCGAAGACAUCAUUCCGUUGCUAGAAGGUGAACUGACCAUUGAGCAUUUCUGCUUUCAGCGCCAGCCGCAGGAGGCGGGGCCGGAGUGGGAGCUGGUGCGUCGGGCCACGCCCGCCCCGCAGCGCGCCAAAUCCCAGGCACAGGCCCAGGCUCUGCAGUCGGCCCCCCUGGCUGUGACAGGAAAGCGUGUCUCCAAGCCGAAGGUGCCGAAAGGCGCCAGUCCGCCGUCCGAGGGCUGGACAGCCACUAGCGCGGUGAAGGGCAACGCUAGGGUCUUGGCUGCCAGCAACGGGAGCGGCGGAGCAGCCGGAGGAGGCGGCGCUGCAGCCGGGCCAUCGGGCUCGGCCACUUCCCGCAAGCGAAGCUCCGUGGCCAAGACCCCGAUCAGGGGACCCAAUUGCAUAACCUGUCAGGGACCACUGAUGCUGCCCAAGCAGCAAGGCUCUCCCAAGAGCAACAUCUGUCUGAACUGCUGGAAGUCCAGACUGGUGAAGAAGCCCACUGCUGGCGAGGCAAUGGAUGUCGACAUGACCUUGAUGCACGCCCGAGCGUUUACUCCGGACCAAGACGACACUGUCAGCGGCUCCAGCUUGAUGGAGAUUGCCGAGGAGAUCGAGCUGCCCGGCCAGCUGCCGCCGGCUCAGCUCCUCACCGAUGUGGUGCCCAGGUGCCGCUCGCCCAGGGAGCAGGAGGUGGUGGUGAUCGGCGGCCGCAAGGCCAUCGCCAUUCUCGCAGAUCCGCCGCGUCCGCGCAUGAAAUUGGUGCCGCGUCCCCCGGACUUGACCAGCUAUGAUAAGAUCUACAACAAGCGCAUUCUGUCGAAGAAGCCGCGCCUCGACCUGGUCUCGUCCGUGACCGACGCCCAAAACGGCUGCCAGGUGUUGUUGGCCAUCAUGAAGACCAUGAGCCUGCAGGAGAGGGCCAACAUGUCGCGCGUGUGCAAGACCUGGGCCAUGGUCAGCCGCGAGAUGAGCGUGUGGCGCACUGUCUGCCUCCGGGACACGCUGAUCGGCAACUGGGUGUACUUCCUACGCGAGCUGGCGCGCCAUCGCACCCGCGAGCUGGACAUGAUGGGCGUGGUGAUGAACAAGCCCCAGAUCCGGAUGACCGGGGAUAUGCGCGUCCUGAAGGCCCUGCGUGUCCUGCGCACUGAUCCCUGCGACUCGGAGUUCCUGCAACUGGUCUUCCGCACGCUGCCGCAUCUCUUGGAGCUCCGCACGAACUGCAUCAGCAGCUCCCUCAGCCUGGUCAACCUGGACCGCAUGGAGGGCCUGCGCGUGCUCCGCCUGCACAUGUCGGACCUGAAAGGCACGGUCACCUCGUUCGGCACCCUGUCCAAGAUGAAGCAUCUGCGGGAGCUGAGCCUGCGCGGAGUGACCAACCUGGGGAAGAUGCCGCUGCAGCUGCUGAAGGGACUGCCGCUGCUGGAGGUGCUCACGCUGGGCUUUGGCCAGGACAUCGACUGCGUGAAGCUGGGAAGGGACGUGCUGCCGUCCAUGAAGUCGCUGCACAGCUUCCGGCUGGAAAACGAUCACCGCAGCAUGGCCCUCUUCCCGGUGGACGACAUUAUGGGGGGUCUGGCGCUGAUCGGCAAGAUGCGGCGCCUCGAGCUGCUCAACGUGGACGUGGACGACGGCUUUGGCGCCAUGCUUGCCCACUGCCCGACCAUCAAGGAGCUGCUGCUGACCCCCAACUGCAUGCACAAUGCCGCGAACAUGAUCAGCGCCGUGAUGCAGGCCGUCAGCAGCAACAGCGAGCAGCUGAGCGUGUUCCGGCUGGGACUGGUGAACCAGCUGCUGAGCGCCACCGGCAACCUGUACAAGGGCUCCGGCAAGGAUGUGAUACCCGUGCGCCGCCCAGUGCCCGGCAUUCCGGCCAGCGAUCCGCUCAAUCGCUGCUCCCCGGAGGACAACUGCCAGGAGACAUCGGACCACUCGCAGUGCGUUGCCUUCCUGCCCGUGGACCGGCUCGAGUCCAUUCUGCACCACAUGGUGCCCCAGGCCUGGCUCUCCGUCGCCAAGGUGGCCAUGUGCGACACGACCAAGCUGCAGUUCCUGCCGUAUCCGCGUGCCGCCAGCACCCCGGUGCCGGUUCCGGUUCCGGUGCCGGUGCCGGUGCCGGUGCCGUCCUCAGGGAAAUAGUUUCUAGCUCAUAAGUGUACCGCCUACCAGAGAAAUCCAAGACUGAGUCUUCGAGAGCCAUCACAAAAAUACAAAAGGAGAAAGAAAGAGAGAAUCUUGUGUUAAAGUUCAAGGAUCAAGGAAAGGAUUCUGACAAGAAAGAAAGAAAAUAAGGAAACCGCAACCGCAACCGAAAGAACGGGCAGAGUAUUAGUUAAUUUUGUGUUCUUAUCCCAGUUAGCUGCAAGGUGGCUAUAAACAGAAUUUUUGUAUUUUUUAGUUCUUUUUUUUUUUAAUAUGUUUAUGUAAUACGAAUAACGAACUCAUUUGGGACUCCCAGUUCCGGCCCAAGGAACGAGAGCUGGUCUCCCAACCACACUGGAGUGAGGAUGAAAGUGACACCCUUAUUUAGAAUAUGUUGUCUUUAAAGUAUAUAUUACAAUGUAAAGCGGUUUUCUCAAGCACAAUAAAAGGAAAAACUUAUA